AUGGAGUCGCCAUUGGGGAAGUCCAUUCACAGUUGCAUUACCAUGGCCAUAUCUGAUUUUUAUGCUCUUCACCACAGUUAUAAAACAAGGAUAGUUCUUCACAAUAGGGACUCCGAGGGAGACCCAGAUAAAGCUCUUUCAGCUGUAUAUAAUCUGCUGAAAAAAGCGAAGGUGCAAGCUAUCAUAGGCCCAGAAACGCAUCUUCCAUCGAAGUUAUUGUCCUUGUCUGCUGAUAAAGCUGAAGCUCCUAUAUUUUCUUUUGCAAGUCCGUCUUCAAGGGAAUACCCAUACUUGUUCCAAAUCAAACAAGACGAAUCCACUAUGGCCAAAAGCAUUGCUGCCCUUGUGACAUCAUUCAAUUGGAGGAAUGUUAUCUUUAUUCAUGAGGACACCGAUGAUGGCAUGGAGAUCUUAAGGUAUCUGGCUGAGUCAUUCCAAGAUAAAAACAUCCGUAUCAGUUACAGAUGUGCGAUUUCUGCCUCAGCCACCCAUGAUGAAAUCACCCAAGAGUUACGUAAGAUCAUGACUUUUCACACAACUGUAAUUAUCCUACAUGUGUCACCUUCACUAGCAUCUACCCUUAUCUUAAAUGCAAAAAGGUUUGGAAUGGUUAGUGAAGGAUAUGCAUGGAUUUUAACUGAAAAAACAGUUGACCUCUUGCGAUCAACGAACUUUACUGUCAUUGAGUCAUCGCAAGGGGCACUAGGUUUUAGGUCGUAUGUUCCACCAUCAGACAGGCUGCACGAUUUCUUUCACAGAAAGAACUCCACCUCAGUAAGAAAAGAAAUGCCUGUGCCUGCUUUAUGGGCAUACGAUAUAAUUUGGGCACUUGCCGAGUCUGUAGAGAAGGUUGGAGUCCCACAUAAUGGUUCUAUGCUCUUACAUGAAGUUUUGAAAAUCAGAUUUAAGGGCAUAAGUGGUGAUUUUCAGCUUAGUGAAGGAAAAGUAAUGUCCAAUGGAUAUGAGAUUAUGAAUGCCGUCGACAAUGGUGAGAGGAGAGUAGGAUAUUGGAAACAUUCACAAGGAAUCAGGAGAGCACACCCACAGAUUAACAGCGACCGUUUAUAUCCUUGUCUAGGUUCUGAAGCUAUUAUCUGGCCCGGAGAGUCUACAACUGCUCCAAAAGGUUGGGUGUUACGAGCAACUUCCAGUAAAAGGUUAAAAAUUGGUGUGUUGAAGAUAAAAAACUUUAAGUACUUCAUGGAUGUAGAUCAUGACGUUGAGAACAAUGUUACAACUGCCACUGGGUUCUCCAUAGAUGUAUUUAAUACUUGCAUUCGUGCAUUACCAUAUCAAGUGCCUUACACGUUCGUUGUAUUUGAGAAUGCAAGUUACGACAAUCUUGUACAGAGGGUGUAUAAUGAGGAAAUUGAUGCAGUCGUGGGUGAUUCAACAAUCUUGGCCAACAGAUCUGUGUAUGUUGACUUUACAGCAACUUACACUGACUUGGGUGUAGGAACACUAGCAAGAAUCAAGAAAAAUGACAAGUGGUUCUUCUUGCAGCCGAUGGAACUUCGUCUAUGGAUAACUACUAUUUCUUCUCUUUUCUACACUGUCUUUGUUGUUUGGGCUGUUGAACGUAUGAAUCCAAAUUCCGAUCAGAAAAUUGGAACAGUAUUCUGGACCAUCCUAUUGACCAUCUUCUUUGCUCAAAGAGAGAAGUUCUCGAGGAGUCGAUCAAAAUUUGUAAUGUUUGUCUGGUUACUCGUAGUGCUAGUCAUGUUCACGAGCUACACUGCAACACUGACGUCACUGUUGACAGUAGAGCAAUUUGAAUCAGCGUCCAAGGGAGGAAUUGUGGGGUUUCAUGGAGGCUCUUUUAUGAGAGGAGUGACUGUCAGCAACCUGCACUUUGAAGAUAAUUACCGAAGGGCAUACUACUCAUAUGAGGAUUAUGCUCAUGCUUUAUCGAAAGAUGGUGAAGCUGAUGCCAUUGUUGAUGAAAUUCCAUACAUCAAGAUGUUUCUUAGCAAGUACCCUGGUGACUAUGCCUUGGUCUCUUCUCAACCAAUCACUUCUGGUUUUGCCUUUGUAAGUAAAGUACCCCUUCCUCUUCAUCACUUGCACUAG